GCCUUAUAUCUUCUGCCAUUUGCCAAUGUUCGAAUUGACAGUUUGUAUGGACAUUUCACGGUCGUGGCGUACACGAGUGCUGCAGUGCACAGAAGCCUGGCGGCGGCUGGAAGUCAAUUCAAAAUAUGAGAUGUCGUUGGUGAAGACCGUCAGCAAGCAUAUACGCCAUUUGAAGAUUGAUGCCGGUGGAGAAUCCACGGACACAUGUUUGAAGUUGAUUAGUAAUCGGGAGAUAUCUAAUCUGGAAACAUUAGGUAAGACUCCGAGAAGAAAUUGAUACUGUCUUUCGACAAGCGCCUACUGUACGCCGAUUUUUCUCUGCUUUUCGAGAAAUCGGCACCUCUUUACGAAAACUCAACCUCAAGUUUGCUCGCGCCAAUCCUCGACCACCUCCACUUAUUCCCAUCCUAUCCAUGUGCCCUUCGCUCACACAUCUUACCUAUCACACGUGGAACUUGCGACGUCAGGAUGUCAAAGGAGCUCGAGCAAGCCAAAACUUUGCACUCACACAUUUGGAUUUGUUUACGGACAGGUCAAUUGAAAGCACUGAAUUGGAAGCUGUUUUGAGACACUGUCCGAAUAUGCUAUGCCUAAUCCUCUACAAAUGCCAUCCCGAUUGCUUACGCCUGAUACCUCUGUAUUGCAGUUUGGUUGAGUAUUUUAGUUUGAACAGAAGCACCAUUCUCAAGAGCAGCGGCCAUUGGGAGCAAAUUCCAGAUAUCAACAACGACAGUAACCAUAACAAUGGGCACAAUCGAUCCCUUCAGUAUAAGCACAACAAUAACCACAGCCAUCAACAACGACAGCACGGCGGGCUACGUUCAUUAAGUAUCUACACGAGCGAUAUCAUUGGACCUCAAGGUGUAGUGCAAUAUAUCAACAAAAACCGAGGCACUGUCGAAGAACUGGCCUUAGGCAUCGGCGACGGCGAUCGAUCUUUUACCACGCUGAUCCAACCAUGGGCAUCCCUCGCAAUCUUUGAACUGAACUACCAACUACGCAAAAUCGAAUUCUCACUCGAACGAUGCAGUACUGCCAUCUUAUGCACCAUGAUCUCACGAUGUCCCAACCUCGAAGCCAUCAAACUGGAUAGGACAAGUUCUCUGACGGACGACGUCUUUUAUACCCUCGUUGAACUAGCCAGACUACGACAUCUCGAGAUCGCAGGAGGAACAAACACACGGAUCACGGAUGAUGGACUGGCAUGGUUUUUUGACCAGGUUGCAAACGAAAACCGACUGCGUAUUGUAUGUUUCUCCGAUCUAUCACCAGUCAAGGACAGUACACUGGUAGCAUUAGCCAGAGUCAAGAGUUUGCAGAAAGUGACGAUUCGGCGAUGCCAAGGAAUUGCCGAGCGUGCAAUGGAUCAGUUUGCAGAUACGCUUGCCACGUCAUCAACGACGUUGCUCGAAGAAAUCACGUUCCAUGCCAUGGCAAGCAUUACGAAUACUGCCUUAGCACGCUUGGGUGAAGUCAAAACAUUGAUCGAUAUGACGCUGAUUCGCUGCUCCAGGAUUGACGAUGAUGGAAUCCAGGACCUACUAUCCAGAUGGAAGACAUUUAAACGCCUAUAUAUCCAUGGAUGCUUUCGUGUUCAUCAAACUACCAUGUACUACUUUCAUGGAAGGGUUCCCCAAUCAUUUAAAUGUUUACAAGAACUGUAGUUUAUUAGUCAUUCAAGAAUGAUUUCUUUAUUUCUCUGUGAUGAUUAUACCAGUAAAACUGCUUACUACAGUAUCUAUCUGAAGAAAAACGGAGCAAUGCCUAAAUUAGGUCAAUGAGAUCACACAGCUAGCACCGUGCAUCCCUUUCCUUCAGAUCCGUUGACUUUCAACCGCCAGUAACUUCACCAAAAGUUUGAG